UUUGUCAGUCAAAGUCAUGUCAUGUACAUCUAUCAAACAACAACGCAGUUUUUCACUGAAAUGUAAUCAAAAAUAAUAUAAAAAUGAGUGCAAUAUUAAAAUUUAUCCGUGAGAAUCACAUCCUAGCUCUUAUUGAACAAGCUAUCGUCAAAAGAAAAUCAAGACUCAGUUUGAAUGCGUUCGAAAUGACAGAAAUCCCUGACCUUCUAUACACUUGCAUGGAAGUACAACAUUUGUACUUGCACAAAAACAAAAUAUCAGUUAUUCCAGUGCAGAUAACAGAAUUAUUGAACUUAACCACCUUGACGCUAGACUAUAACAACAUAAAAUCGUUGCCAUCGGAAAUAGGUAACUUGAAAAACUUAGUUAAUUUGAACAUAAGUUACAAUCCAUUGAAUGUUUUGAUUCCGGAAAUCGGGGAGCUUGAGAAUCUAGAAGCGUUCUGGUGUAAUAGAAUAGGUUUAAGAGAGAUCCCGAAGGAGAUCGGGAAGUUGGAGAAAUUGGAUACAUUUGGUGCAAGGGGCAAUCAGCUGCAAAGUAUACCGGAAGAAAUGACAAUGCUGGCUAAAUUAAGAUGGUUAACUCUGGAAAACAAUGAAAUCGAGAUGAUGCCAGCCACGAUGGACAGCAUGGUCGCCCUAGUUCAUUGCAAUGUGAGAAACAAUAGAAUAAAGGAAUUCCCGAUUUCCAUACUUAAAUGUACAGAGCUUAUGUAUUUGCAGCUGAAUAAUAAUCAGAUAUCGACAUUGCCACCGGACUUUGAUACAUGUUUCCUGCCGGAUCUAGAAACUAUUGAUCUUCGGAUGAAUCCCAUUUGUGACUUAACACAUCCAGAGCACCCUCUAGUUCGCUACACAGACGAACUGCCAACAGCGGAACCCGAGCUCUCGUCGCAAGGGUCAGCCAGCAGUCGACACCCGCAGAAUGUUGAGCGGCUGGCCAUCAACGGCACAGCAAUCAGACUACAGCCAGGGAAUCCGCCUAGACACAACAACGACCAUGUUUUAGAUAUGGACAUGGAUGCAUCGUCAGUGGAAUCUUCAGAAGAUUGGGAAAAUAGCGUCAACAGUUCAGAGCUGGACGUCCAGUACCAAAGCGAGGACGAGAGGGCCGAAAACGAGAUCGCGGAUACGUUGCAGGCGGUCGGCGCUGCUUUGCCGGAGCUAUCACGAUACGCGUCCACCGCGAGCUGAAGACCCGGCGCGACUGAACGAUAUACGCUGUUGAGUGGUAUAUAUGUAUAAGCGUAUUGAGGGUAUUUAGUCGGCUUUUUUAAAAGUUUAACCAUGAAGCUAUAAAUAACACUGGAACUUUUUGAUGCAAUGUACAUAUACUGCUAUCUCGUUCAUAUUUAAACAGACGUCUGUUAAUUAUACAUUGCGAGGUAUAUACAGUACGACCCGCCCCGACUCUCCACGGGUGCAAUAUUAUGCAUGUUACACAUAUAUAAAUAAACAUUCCUCUGGAAUCACUCUAUCUAUUAAAAAAACCCGCAAGAUUAUCCGUUGCAUAGUUUUAAAGAUCUAAGCAUAUAUAGAGACGGACAGCGGGAAGCGACUUUGUUUUAUUUAUACUAUGUAGUGAUGUCAAGAAAGUGAAAAAAAAAAACAGAUUUUAAACAACCUAAAUAUUUUUGACAUUGCAACACCAAGUAUAAUGGUCACGAUUGGUUGAUAAACACCCAGUGUUGUCAGCCGACAGGAGACAGCAGCUUCGUUUCCUCACUUUCUUGACAGACUGUAACGUGUACUCACCGUAUAGUUUCAGCGCGCUAAUCACAUAGAUUUGGUUGACUCCUAAGUAAGUUCUAGGCUUGUGUUAUGGGAUACUAACUCAACGGUACUAUAUUUUAUAACAUUUACAUAUAUAGAUAAAUAUCCAAGACCAAGGUCAAUUUGAAAAAGUUCAUUUUACAUCUUGACCAUUAAGCCAUGAAGGUCGUCGGUUGAGAAAGGGAUAGCAGUACAUGUACUUUGGAUUAAAAAGUUCUUUGGAGUCUUACAUUAGAAUUUCAUGAGUUUGAUUCUUUAUCAAAAAAUUUUGAAUCUGUGGCGUGGCUACCAUAGAGCUUGGCGGUCCCGUUAUUAGCUAAUUUUCUAUCAGACUCUCAAACUCACUUCACCUUCUUAAAAAUAUAUGCGGUUGACAUUUUAUAUAUACUUACGAAUGCACCGAGCUGUAUAUAUAUUCUAUAUGAUCAAACAGCUACGCCAUAAAAUAAAAAAGACAUGUGAUAUCUAAUUCUCGGCUCGGAUUUGGCAUACGUUGCAGAUUUAUCAUUGCGGUAAACAAAAGCACUCGAAAAAUCUACGCAAUAUUCAUGAAUUCGUGUCGGCAUCGGUGCGAGUCCGGCGAUAGUGUGUGACUUGAAUAAUUUAAUGGAGGUACCAUUUCGUAUGUAUAUGGAUGGAUGUUUUAUUAAAUUAUAAUGUGAAUGUCACUCUCACACUUAGAACAAAAAUUUAUGUGAUACUUUCGAUACUUUGAUGAUUCUAUAAUGUAAUGAUUCUUGAAAGAGACAUGAAACCAACAUUUUGUCAGAUAGAAUAUUAAGCCCUUUGGUACUGCUCAAGUCUGUAUUGUUAAAUGUGUGUUAUCAUAGUAUGAUAAAAAUAAUAUUAUAAAAUAAACGUAACGCACAAUUGUAUAUGCAUUAUAAUCACUAUAUUCCACGGAUAAAUUUCAAUAUUAGUCCAGUAUAUAGGAAACUACAUGACUAUAAAAUAAAUUUUCUCGAUAACUUUCACAAUAAUUAAAAAAGUAAUAAAACUUUGCAAAGUAUUUUUUUUAAAUUAUGAGGUGAAUAAAUUCUGGGAUCGGGGAUCGAGCGGGAAUUGAACCUGUGCCCCUGUCUAUCCGGAACAGUGCCCUUAACCACUGAGCUAUCGAGACCACGUAUGCUUGUAUAAUAUAAAAUUAUUAACCAUAGCACAAUUGUGAACAGGCACAAUUUUUUUCUCUUGGCUCCAAUAUUGUCUAUUUAUUAAAAUGUACCAAAUAAAAACUAAAAUUAAAAGCUUUAAAAUAUCAGGGCCAAAUAUUUUGUUCUCGAUAUUAUACUUUAGGAUUUUUGUAAUUUAGAAUGUAAUAUUUUAUAAAAAUCAUAGUAAAUGCCAUUCAUGUAAUCAAUAUAACCCCUAAUCUAAAACUACUAGGUUUUAAAAUUAAUACUUAAAUAAAAAUUGUUAUAAUUAAAGUUAUUCUGUUAAUUUUUUUUAUCAUGUCAAAGUUUGGAACAAUUUUAAUCUAAAUACAUCAUAUUUCAUAACCUAAUUUUUUUUUCUUAUAUGCCUUUUAUAAAUUACUUAUGACAUGGAUUUAGUAAGAUUGGCCGAUGUCAAAUGUGUACCUAUAAAAUUUGACAAACAUCGUCAAUUUUCUGUUACGUUGUUGUUAUUUAGUUUUGUUAAUUUUUGUGUACCUACCUAUUGUUUCAUUAUAUAUCUAAUUACAUAAUUUCACCUUACAAUGUUUUUAUGACAGUUGUCAAAAAGUACUACCGUUUUAGGACAAAUCCUACAUUUAAGAUGUGACUAAUUUAUCUACAUAUUAUAUAUUUACAUGUUCAAUCAAUCAUUAGAAAUAAAGCGCGGAGAUGAUUGUGAUUGGUCAAUAAAUAAAUAUGGCAGACAGUUCAAUUUAAAUUUGGAAAGGUUGAAAAAUAUUUAGAAUAUAUCUAUUAUUAUUGUAAUAAUAAUAUUGUAUAAAUAUUUUAAGUGGUUAUCAAUCAUAUCCAUGUCAUAUGAAUUUAAAGGUUGUAAAUAAAGUAAAUUUUUAAAAUAAAAAACUUUUUCUCCAA